ACAAACAUUAGUGAAGUUUGAGCGGCGCACAGCUGUCAACCCGGAGGAAUAACCCUCACAUUGGCUCAGAAACCCUGCAGGGACGCUAACCUUAGAGCUAGCUGUGGCUAACGUUACUCCCGCUGCCACUGUCAGUGUGUAACGUGAGCUGACUUACUCCAGGUUAUGGCAUGAAAAACUGAGCUACCAAGCAUCCUAAAGGUCUGCCUGCCCAAACCUUAGAGACUAAGGUCGAGUGGAUGCAUCCACGGACGAUGUGACACUACACCUCUUUAAAUGGGAUGCAGGAUCGACUGUAGAGGAUAUUUAAUUUGCCUCCCGGAAAACACUUUGUUGGACUGUUUGUUGCCUAAACUGGUGCAUCAAUGAACGAAGAACCUCUUGAGAGCCCGGUCUCUGGCAGAGAGCCUGAGGAAGAAGAUGUGGGACAAAGCACAGAGAAGAAGAGCAGCAGAGCAGAAAACACCUCUGAGGCAGCACCAGCUCAGGAGGAGCCCUCAGACAGUCUCCAUACGAAGGGAAGCCCAAGCUCAGAUCCAGUACAGGAAAACCCAGAGGAGGCAAAGGAGGAUGAUAAGGCCGCGAGUGGCGAGCCUCCUGUUGACUGGUUUGAGCCCCUUGAGGAGGAUGAUGAUGAUGCCAAUAGUGUUGGUAGGAAUGAUCCUGAAGAAGAAAGCCUGGCAGGGGAAAGUGAAAGGAGUGAGAGCGUGGCGGGCAGCGAGAUGGCCUUCAAAAAGAUUUAUCAGUUUCAUGUUCCCCGCCGUAAGCGAUCUCAUCCCGAUGAAGGAUGGGUUGAAUGGCCAUUACUCGGAGACGGUUGGAAGCGCAAAGAAGUUGUUCGACGCUCAGGUUCUAGCAUUGGACAGAAAGAUGUAUAUUACAUGAGUCCACGGGGGGAUCGAUUAAGAAGCCGAGUAGAACUGGCUUCAGUGCUGGAGGGGAUUAUUGACUUGUCAACCUUCGAAUACAAGACAGGAAAGUUCUACGAGGGCGAAGCACAACCCAUAAGGGUUCGAAACCGAGUGAAGAGAAAGGUCCGGGAGCGUUCAUCCUCAGAGUCCAGCUGGAUGGACAGAGGAGAGGGGGCUGACACUCCAGACUCCCACCACAGGCUCACCCCCAGUCAGGGACCCAAAAACCUUCCCUCCAACCAGACCAGUUCCUCCUCACAUAAUACAAUAGGAACUUCAAACCAAGGCUCUCGCACUGAGAAUCUACCAGCGGAAGAUAAAAUUAAACUUCCUCUUCCCUCAUCAUCCUCCAAACCCAUCCCGCUCCCCUCUAUAAACGGAGAAAUUGGGUCAGAAGACAGCACUCUGGUCUGUGCCAAAUGUGGUAUUUCCUUCACAGGCACAUGGUAUGACAAACAAAGGAAGAGGCCCUGCUGUCCCACCUGUUGGGCUGCGUCAAAGACAAAAGAGCAUCCGAUGAUUCGUUUCAGAAAGUGGAUUCCUUGUGGACAGUGUGUCGGAUGCCACAACACGGUGAACUGUGGACAGUGUGCCAACUGUAAGCAUGGACUGCAGAGCCCCGAGUCCAGGAAACGCAUAUGCCGAAAACGCAAGUGUAUAUGUCCUAUUCGCAAGGGCCCUGGAAGUGGAGGCUUCCUGCAGCAGAGGCCUUAUAAUGACAUUCCUGAAACAUUUGAUGACAGUAUGAGCUUCCAGAGUGAAGUUACAGACUCACAGCAUCCGAGUCUCAAAAGCAGUGACACAGAGAACUUCUCAGUCAACGUGGACGUUGACGAUGAAGAAGACAUGUCAACUGAUGACGAUGAUGAUUGGCAUAAGAAGCGGAAGCGGCGAUCCUGUGGAGAAUGUAAAGCCUGUCUCUGCAGGAAAGACUGCGGUACAUGUGAUUUCUGUAUAGACAAACCCAAAUUUGGAGGCAGCAACAAGAAGAGGCAGAAGUGUCGACUACGCCAGUGUCAGAGACAGGCAAUGAGACACUUGCUGCCUUUCCAGAUGGGACAAGGUGAAUAUGGGCCAGAUGGCCCUGCGCUGCCAGGCAGACCUAGACCUCACUACACAUACAGUCGAAAGUCAAAUUUCAAGAAAGGGAAAGCUCCGCAGUUUAGCUUGGACUUCACCGACAAUGAAGAUGACGAUAGUAACCUACAAGCACAGUUCAAUCAUUUGGAUUUCGGACAGCGGAAUGGACUACCUGACAGAGUCCCUCACAUCAGCAACCACAACAGCUCUGAACUGGACCAGCUAAGCAGAUGGGAUGCAAAGAGAUCACUCGCAGGCAGAGACGGUCAACGGCAUGUUGAUGAAGACGACGAAGAGGAAGACGAGUUGCCCAUGAUCACACAGAUCUUCAGUUUGGCUGAUAACUGUGCUGGGAGCGGUGUGGACAUUGAAAACCAGCUAAUGAAGCUGUUACAGUCUUUGCGCUCCUCUGUACUGCCAAUCCUAUGGUACGCCAUAAUGGUGGAGGGCCCGCAGCUGCAGCUCAUCCAGUGUUCUAAACAGUCCAACAUGACCGACACCACGGUGCUGAUCGACCCGGGCUUCUGCUAUCAGGUCACCGUCCAAAAGCAGCCGCUGCUCCCCACCCACCCGCUGUACGACAAGCACCCAGGGCGAUUAAGCUCGGUGACUGAAGUGGUCGAUCUGCUUUUGGGCCUGGAGAAGUACAUGGUGUGCCAGGGACUGCCCCCUAAAGAGCCAUUGUGUAAUAAAGACCCACUCAUGCUGGAGCGGGCGUCAACGUGUGAUUUCUUGGUUAAGAGGAAAGUGAGCAUCUGUACUAACUGCAGAGCGCUGCAAGGACUUUAACAUUAGUAGAGACAGAAGGUGAUCUGUGACCACAGUGGAGACUUGUUCUCUGGUGCAUCUUUGUGCCAUUUUGUUAGUGUUUUUAUUUUGGUGAUACUACAUGAUUUACCUCUGGACUGUAAUAGUAUGAUUUGUUUAUUUGAAGACUCACCAAAGGCAUUCCAGGAGCUGUGACGUUAUAAUCCAGGCAAAUUUCUUCUCAGAUGUCUUCUGUUAUUUUGGUUUAGGGCUCUUCUUCAUGACUGUUAUGUCAGAGUUUGGAAAGUGGGAUGGGUAGAGCUGUUUGUGGAUUCACACUCUUACUUGAGGAAUCUGUAACCCCUCACCCCCUCACUGUUAUUGCACUUUGAGUGGUCGUUCUUUCUCUCUCAGCCCAAAAAUGAAAGUGAAAUUAUGUGCUGCUCACCCUGUUCUUCUUCUAACCAGCAAUAUUGUAGACCAUGUCAAGGUUUUUUGGACACAAUGAACAUGUUCACCCAGUUCAUUUAGUAACAGCUUUGUUGUUCCAUCAAUAAUAAUACCAACUGACAUUAUGUGUGUGAAAGUAUGUGCAGUGGAAAAGGAGACUGAAAUAUACUAGCCUUUGAUUUCAUUAGACUGAUUACAGUGUUUAUGAAAAAAUGUAUUCAACCCCUGUUGAUUUUGCCUUUUGAGUUGAAUCCCAGUGGAUGAAAAAAGGAGGAAAAUAAACCUCUACAAAAUGACCAACAUAAGCACAAAUAUAACAGUUGAGUGAGUGCCUGUAAUUGUUCCCUUCCUAUGACACGCCCAAAUCAUUAGAGUUUUAAAAGUCCCAAAGUGUCACCUGUGUUACCUAAAAGCACCAGUUGAGAGGGAGGGAGAGAGUUACUAGAACAUCUUCGAGACCCUGAGUAUCCCAUGGAGCCUAAUGGUCAAACGUGAUGACCUACAUGGCUCCAUGGCUGAGUUGGGAGACGGCGUUCAGACAACAACUGUUGCUUUGACAGUUGCAGCUUUAUGUUGGAGAGGCAAAGAGACAUCUGAUUGCCAGUAGACUUGUGGGAGACUUGAGACCGAGUUAAUGAAGGUUCUGUUGUCAGGUGGGCUUAAAAACAGCAGUGCUAUUGUCUCUGAGUCCAGACAUCAGAUCUCUCUGACAUUUAUUGCAAGAGUAAGUACCUCUAUUAAAAUAAUGCUAGUGUUAAUAUUGGCUCGACAGUUGUUUGUUUAUAUAUUUGAAAUAAUUUCGAUCAAAUUGAUAUGAGUCCUUUCUCAGAUUAUUUAGCCUUAUUACAUCCACUUUGGCCCAGUGUUUAAAAAGACAAAUACAUGGGUGGGACACUUUUUAAGAGCACUGUAAUCACAAUGCAUUAAAGCUAUUCUGUUGCCACAUUUUAAAACAAAUAAGUAAGAGCAGAACAAACAGCUGGUAACGUGAGGAAGAGAUCAGAAUCGUUCCCACAUUCAUCAUCAUUUUUGGGCUGUGGCAGAUGCUUUUUGCACGUUAGAAGACAUACGUUGGUUUUGACUGGCAGAUUUCAACACCUGAAAUAUGCUGAAAUUUCUACUGAGAUCAGACACUUCCUUUAGCAUAUGCUUGUAGAAUGUAUUUUCCAGAAUGAUGUCCUCAAAUGAAACUGGCAGUGCAGCCAAGCCUCUUACAGAUGAUGAUAUGCUGUAUUUAUUAGGGUGUGUGAAACCUCUUUAAACCCCAUCCUUCCAUUUCUGUUCUGACUAAUUUGAUGAUUGGCAUUUAAUAUUAUAUUUUUAACCAUUGGGUAGUUUGAAUUGUAUAAUAAUUUUAAAUAAAAUAUGAAUAAAUGAAAUGUUUCUCCUGCCCCCUUCUCCAUUGGGAUAUUGAUUCAAGUAAGUAACUCAAUGAAUUCAACAAUGUGAAACUUUAUGCAUUCUUAACACUGUCAGAUUUAUUUUUGUUAUCUUGGUUUCCUCAAGUAAUUGUGCAGAUGAAAUGUUUGGGAUCAAUUAAUUGUUCUUAAAAAAAUAUAUUGUUAUUUAGUCUUUGAAUUAAAACAUAUAUAAAGAAUAGAAACAGAAGUUUUCCAUAUUUCCUGUUUGUGUCUUUCUGAAGGCAGUGUGCAAAUAAACUUUUCUUGCUGA